AAACUGCCAAGGAAACCACAUCAGCGCAUAUAAGGGGUGCCCUGCCUAUAAGGCAGAGAAGCAAAAAUUAGCAGUCAACAGGAUAGAUUUUCACAAAAUUAGGACAAUAAUGGACGCAAAAAGCAACAAUAACGAACGUCAGCCCCGCCCCCUUUCAACAAGACCCCCCGACUACCCUAUAGUACCGAAAUGGCCGAAGCCCGAAAGGAAGCCGCCAGGAAGUCUGCAAUGAACCCGUUCCGGCAAAAUGUGAAGGAUAGUAGGCCAAACCUACCGUACCUUUCUUCACAUGAAAUCGCCAUCCAAAAACGCCUAAAUAAAUGGCGCCGGAGUACAAACAAGGCCUCCACAAAUAGCAGGACCAAUCCUAAGAACGGGCUUCGAAAGGAACAAAAAAAGGUAGAAAAAGCUAUGGAGCACAAACAGGGAAAAGACGACAGCCCCCCGACAACGAGCAGAGCUGCUUUGGCAAAUCUAAAGCCAAAGAUAGUCAAGGAGACAACGCCCUCACCACAAAAUAUCAACACUUUUCCAGAAAAUAGCCAACCCGACGACCCAGUCAUUAAACUGGCAAAUAGAGUUGACAACCUGGAAAAGAAAAUUGAUAUAUUAAUGGCCUUAAUUAUACAAGCAAGAAAUCCGGACGAAUAAACCUCUUGACGACGUAUUCCUGCUGACCCCACGAUGAAGACGUAAAGGAUGCCACCCACUAGGACCAGCAUAUACGAAACUGGAAGCUGAUGGACAGGAGAAGGAUCAACGCGCAGCAAAAACAUGAUGAAUUUAAGUCGACUCAUUGCAGCAGCGUAUGCACAACGUCACUUAUCUGAAUUUUUUGCUGCAA